AUGCCAAGAAAAGAAAACCUCAAAGAAAAUGAUCAGGAUGCACAUCUUAAAUCUCGUGUAGAAUCUACAAUUGUCAACAUCUCAGAAGUAAAUUGGUCAGAUAUUUCAGGUUUAGCACGGACAAAGGCUCUUAUCCAAGAAAUAGUCAUAUGGCCAAUGCUACGACCAGAUCUCUUCACAGGAUUAAGAUCGCCACCAAAAGGUAUUUUACUUUUCGGACCGCCAGGCACGGGAAAAACGAUGCUGGGAAAGUGUAUUGCAUCACAGAUUGAUUCAACAUUUUUCUCGAUUUCUGCCAGUUCUUUGACAUCUAAAUGGAUGGGAGAAAGUGAGAAAACUGUAAAGUUUCUAUUCGAAGUUGCACGAGAAAAAGCACCAUCUGUCAUUUUCAUUGAUGAAAUCGACUCGUUGCUGUCGAAAAGGGCCGAAGGUGAAUCCGAAGGUGGUAGAAAAAUUAAGACGGAAUUUUUGGUCCAGUUUGAUGGAUCUCAAAAGAAGCCGAAUAAUAAGAGUGUUUUGGUCAUCGGGGCAACAAAUAGGCCACAAGAAAUUGAUGAAGCUGUUCGUAGAAGAUUUGUCAAACGCGUUUAUGUGCCUUUACCUGAUCAAAGUGGAAUAGAAGACCUUUUAAAGUCUUUAUUAUCGCAAUAUGAUUGUGAUGUUCAAAAAAACGAGUAUAAAGAGUUGAGUGAAAAACUUAUCGGAUACUCAGGAUCGGAUAUUUAUAAUUUGUGUAGAGAGGCCGUAAUGGAGCCAUUGAGAGAAAUCGACAUUUCCAAAGGGAUGAGUGAGUUGAGACCGAUAAAAAGCGAUGAUAUAAUCAAGGCAAUGAAUCAAAUCAGAAAAAGUGUCUCAAAAGAUGAUCUCAAAGAUUAUGAAAGGUGGAAUGAUGAAUAUGGAAGUAAAUGAUGUAUUUUUGACAAUUUCGUCUCGUAUUUUACUUGGUUUCAAAAAAAAAAACAAAUUUUUCGACCCCUUGUCCUUGCGCAGUGUGAGCUAAUCUGACGAUGAGACUUAGUUGAGUCGGAUCUUUGCUAAAAGGAAGCU